AUGCCUCUAGAAGACGACGAGGAAGCUCAGAGUAAAGAGGUUAGCCCCCUAUCACCGCCCCCUGAUCAUAACUGGGACAGGAGAUUCGACGUUGAGCGGUUGAACUCAGGCAAAGGCGCGACGCCCGAGGGUUCUAACAAGCCCAGUGCGAUCUGUCAACGAUGUGUGUGGAUGAAAGCACAGGGUGUUUGGGAAAAGGCGGAAGAGGAUAAACUACAAAAAAUGAUCAACAACUUUCUCGCCGAGAUCAAAAAACGUUACACUUGCCCAUGCCCUGGCUGUAGCAAGUACAAGCAACACGAACGCGUUAAUGAGAGGGCGAAAGCAGAUGCUAAAAGGCAAUGGACAACCAUCCCUUCUGUCUAUGUGUCAGAAGACCUCGGCAGGCGAUAUGGAUGCAGAGAUUGCAGCCUCAACGAAAUCCUUCUGAAUAACCGCAGGAGGGACAGGCUGAUGGCUGACGCGCAACUGAGCUACCUCAAGAGGCCGAGUACGAUAGUUACGGAUUGCAACACCAGGCCUGUCGAUGCUGAUGCUCCAGCCCAGCCCCCUGACCCUCCUGUUCCAGCAACCUCAAAGCCCUUUAUCGACGGAUUUCUUGAGGAUCUCAUUGCGGAGGUCACAGGAAGGAAGGGUGAAAAGAAAGUCUAUUCUAUUUUGGUCGGGGGUCGUGGCGAGCGACGCCCACGGAAUGGGGUUCCAGUUUCCAGCGAAGUGUGCGCCAGAAACCAGGAGCAUAUCCUCGAGUUCAUAAGCCAAUUCCCGGGGGUCCAUAAGGCUAUCAAAGCCAGGCCUGCCGUGUUUCGACCAGUUCUCAAGAACUGGCUCCUAUCAACACCUACCCAGAGUCGACUACACUACCCAAGAGAGCUCUAUAAGCUGUGCCCUGACCAACCGCUAUAUGCUUUUCAAGAUUGGGAAGAAACGAAUCGGGAGGCACUGGAGGGGGAAAAGGCACGAGUAAAUGUAGAAUCGGGAUUCUCUGUUGGUCCUGAGGUUCUAGCGCCGACAUCUGACGAAGUCUCAAAGUCUGCCAUAACCUCGAAACCCGUCAAAGCUUCCACCCUCGUUGAGUCCCUGAAAAGCCUUUUGAUGCCACGGAUCGUACCACCACCUCGCAGAACACCAACAUCCGUCAGACCCCCAUCACCUGUAUUAUCCCCUGAACCCGUCGCAUCCUUGAAAAGCAUCAUACCCGGGCCCGUCGUAACCGUGACACCCAUCAUAGCACCUACACCGGUGAUUGCUCUUGAACCCGUCACCUCCGCGCCGGAUAAUAUACCGCUAACCGUCACAACCUCAUCGUCUUCCGUAACAGCGACACCCAUCAUGAACUCUACAACAGUAGUAACCUCUACAGCCGUAAUAGCUCCUGAGCCCACCGUAACCGCGACAUCCGUCAACACCCCCAUACCUGUAACAACUCCCCAACCAGUCACGCCCUUGGCAGACAUCAUACCGCCACCCGUCACAACCCCAUCACCCUUUGUAAUCGCGACCCCGAUAGCACCCCCAAACCCUUUCCCAACCACUGCACCCGAGUCUCGCUCACCCUUGGGUGCCUUCCCAACCCGAAGACCAGACCCCUUCAUCCCAAGCCGCUCCAAACCAGCUCCUCCUCCUCCCGUCGCCGAACACACCUUCACCGCCCCCGUCAUAACCAGUCCCCCUUCUUUAGCCCCAACAAUCCCAAACCUCCCCGUCACAAUCACCCCCUUCCCCAAUCCUCCCAUCACCACCCCCUCCCGCCAGCCCCCCACCCCCAGCCCCUUCACCUCCCUCCAACGCCUCACCCUCCUCGACUACCUCACCUACCAAGCCCAAUCCAACUUUUCCCUCUCCUCCGCCCUCCACACCUCCCUCACCAACCCGGACGUGAUGGCCCCCUCCCAACACAUAGUCUUCAUCUACUACACACUCCACUACCUCUCCUACUCCCUCGACCAAGUCCGGCAAACCACUUCCAUCGCCGAGUCCACCCUCGCCCCCUUCGAAAACCGCCGUUACGCCAGCGAAAAAGUCCACAUCCUGUUUAACCGGUUAGAGGCGCUCAUCAGGCCGUAUGCGCAGUGGGCUGUGCUGACUAUUGUUAGGGCUGCCGCGAUGGGGAGCAAGUUUGUUUACAGCAGCGAAGAUGAAGCUAGGGCGAGGGAAGCGUGGGGGAUAUACCAGGUUUGGAUUUGUGGGGUGGGGGAGGCGGAGCGGGAGUUGAGGGAGGUGUUUUUUGAGAGGGGGGAGAAGCCGGAGACGGCUAUUCCGAAUGAGUGGGUGAGGUUUCAGGGGGAGCUUUGGAGGUUUGGGGUUUGGUUGGAGGAGGGGGUGGGUGGCCGGUUGUUGGUGCCUUUUCCUUGGUGA